UGUGACGUUUUAAGAACGGCCAGUGUUCUUUUAUUUAUUUACACACCUGAAUAAUGAAAACGAAAAGCAAAACUUCUUUCUGUAUGAUUAAUUAUUAAUCCACAUGCGUUUCAAUUGGUUAUCGCGUUUAUUGCAAGUAAAUAACUUGCCUUCCUACGUACAUUGACAUGACGUUGGAGGACCCGUUCUUUGUCGUCAAAGAUGAGGUCUUUAAAGCACUAAAUAAAACAAGAGGAUUGUAUCUCCGAUGGAUUGAACUCCAAGAUGAUUCACUUUGCAUUACAAAAGAAGAAAUAGACUGUACCAAUACAGAGCUAAAAAAUUCUCUGCGAAGUAUAGAAUGGGACCUAGAGGAUUUGGAAGACACAAUCGAUAUUGUAGAAAAAAAUCCAUCUAAAUUUAAAAUCGACAACAAGGAAAUAACAAUAAGGAAGCAUUUUAUAGACUCUACUAAAAGUGAAGUAAAGUCUAUGAAAGAAAAAAUCAACAUGAACAGAAAUCGGGAUAAAGAUCGAACAGCAAGACAACCUCUUCUGGACAACAGCCCGGUUAGAGUUGCCAACAGUCAUGGUACUACAAAGUAUUCAAAACUCGAAAAUGAUUUAGACAGUCCACAACGACAGUUUUUAAAUGAUACUCUUUCUCAGCAGCAGUAUUUAACGAGGCAACAAGAGGAUCAUUUGGAAGCCAUUAGUGAUUCACUAGGCUCACUGAAAACGGUGUCUAGACACAUAGGAGUAGAACUUGAUGAACAAGCGGGGAUGCUUGAUGAAUUUGGAACAGAACUGGAAAAUACAGACUCUAGAUUAGAUUCGACGAUGAAAAAGGUUGCCAAAGUUUUGCGAAUGUCCAAUGAUCGAAGGCAGUGGACAGUUAUUAUUAUCCUAGUUGUAAUCCUUAUAAUUGUGAUAACUUUGUUUUUUAUACUGUGAUUAUUUUUACACUUUACCUAAUUUAAUUUUACAAAUCCAGAUUAAGUACAAAUUUUACUUAUGCCUACAAUGUUUUAUGAAGCACAAAAUAAAAUUUAUUUUAGAGUAAGACAACUUUCAAGUUCAAGUUACUUGAUGCAAGUGUUAUAGCCACAAUUUAAAAGGUCAUAAAAAACAUUAAAACACUCAAUUUUAAAAUAAUAUCUUAUUGUGUGUGGUGGUGUUUUCUAAUUUUUAACGCAGGAUGUCAAUAAAUAUUACAAUGUUUUCGAUAAUAUCAAUAAAUAUUGAAUGUGUGAAUCUUGAGACUAUUUAGGCAAAGAUGAAAAGAAAUCUAUAUUUUUAUGAUAGCUUAAAAAAAUAUUAACUCCCCCCCCCAAAUAUCCUCAUUUCUGCAGAAGUAAAAGUUCCAAUUUGUUUCUCCCACAGUCAAAUGUUUUGUUGAAGACAAUAUUCUUGGUUCAUUGCAAUAUACACCCAGGUUGGGUUGUAAAAAUGGAUAUUGGCCGAUAGCAUUAAACAGAAAAAACAGUUAACCUACUACUUCUGACAAUUAAAUUCAAUUUGUUUAUUUCUUUUGCAUAUCUGUUCUCAAGUUUUUCUGUUGUCUUUGUUUACAAAAUAAAUGAAACAUUUAUUUAUCGAUCCUUUGGAACUUAAAAAAAAAUAGUGGCUUUUUGAGUACCUACUGUUUGAUUUAUAUCUGACAGCCUAACCUAUAGAUCAAAUUCAUGGCCAACUUAUUCGGUUCAACAAUAUGUAAAGUAAAUUGAAAAUUUUAUUUGUCUUCAUUCGUAUAUCAUGAGAACGGUGCGAUCUGGAUUUUUGUCUAUAUUUGUGAUUGGUUAUGAAAGUUUGAGGUUCUUUGUUGGUUAGAAGAUGUAUGUUCAUUAGUCAUGGUUGAAGAAUAAUGAGUAGAUUAUUUAUCAAUUGCUUAUUAAGCAGGUUUAUCGGUACGUCUAAAGUCAAAUACGAGUUUCUGUAGAUUCGCUUGUGACUAAAGUAGUAAGCCUUUAGAUUUGGCAACGUUGCACUUGGCUGGCGCGCUUGGCUCGGCGUUUGCUCGUCUGCGUUCGAUCAUUUUGUUUGUUUGGAUGCCUAAGUUUGAAAUAUACAUCUAUGUCACACCUGCGAAUUUUAAAUAAUACGUUACGUCGAGAAUCGCGGCGUUGCCGUUAUCACGACAGCAGUUUGAAGGGGAAUUAUUAUAAAUUAUGUAUCUUACAAGUACCUAAUCGAUUUCUACAAGCUGUCAUACGGUUCCUUAGAUAUCGAUUUCCUAUUUAUACAAGUUGCUGUGGAAACUAUUCGACAAUUGUUGGGCAUUCUAAUUGGAAAGACCAAAAAAUCUGCAUUGUCAUAAGACUUCGUGCUACAUCAUGAAAAUUUAUUUUAUUAAUAUCUCGUCUCUUAGGUAUCCAAAC